UUUGACAGUGUCACUGACUGGCCUUCUUGUCCCCCUGGUUCGUGUCUACGCUGGAUCUGGAGCUGACCCGACAUACCUCAAUGCGACCCGAGGAUAUGUAGAUGGAUAUGGGAAUACAGCAAGCAUAAGUGACUCCGUGAACUUCUCCCUUACCAAUAACACAGGCUUUCUUCUAAUUGCGAUUCCAAAAUCUGUAGUUGGCAUCUUCAAUAUGGACUUCAGAGUCACAGCUAUCGAAUGUGUGAGCCCCGAAGUGGCAUGUAAUGGCUCCCCUCACUGCUAUGACUGGUUAGAUGAUAGAUGUGAUGGAGAAAUCCAAUGUCGGGAUAGCCAGGAAGAUGAGUAUCGGUGUGAUGCUGACAAAAUCUUUAUAACGGAUGUGUUAGAUAGCAAGAUCUUUGUGGGCGAGAACAGUGGCUUCGACUUCCACGGCGAGGACAUCCGCGAAAUCCCACUGAACGGGGUUGAAGCUCCUACUGGUAUUGACUACGAUUACCGGACCGACGAGAUUUACUGGAGUGAUGAGGAUGCGAGGACAAUCAAUCGAGCUUCACUUGAUGGUUCGAACCAGGAAAUAUUGAUUGAAGGCAUUGGAUACCCGCAAGGAAUCGUCCUAGAUUUAAUGACGAACAGGAUGUUUUGGACUGAUACUCUUUUGGAACAGAUAGUGAGUGCUAGCCUACUCGGGUCUAACCGACGAACCAUUAUAAGUACGGGUCUUUAUCUCCCAUGGGGAAUCACAUUGUCUCAAAAAAGAGGGAAAUUGUACUGGACUGACGAAGGUAUAUCAACUGGAAAGAUUGAGAUGUCAAAUAAAGACGGAUCGGACAGAAGACAGUUGGUUACAGCACGCUUGAGAGAACCUAGGGGCCUGGCCCUUGAUUCUCAAGAACAGCGCCUGUACUGGACGGAGAGCUACUAUGAUGUGAUCGAGUCGAUUGAUCUUGAUGAUCUAUCUGAUCGAAAAGAUCACUUUUACGCUGAGAGUGGUGAUUUAGAGGUCUUUGGCAUCUCUCUCUAUUUCACCUCCAUCUACUUCACAGACUUCGCAUCUAGAGGUCUCCAUGAGGCAGACAUUGGAGUUGAGGAAAUCAGGGAUAUUACUGGAUUUUCAGCAGAAGCGCCUACCCAUGUCAAGAUUUAUGCCGACUUAACGUGCCCAGUUAACGAGUCUUGCCCCGGUAACAGUCGAUGUCAGCUCGUGGCGUAUAACACUCCCGAGUGCAUUUGUAUAGUGGGUUGGAAAGACUUGAACUGCCUUACAAGAAUCACAUGUACUCUCCCGAACCCACCGCCGAUGUCGUCUUUCGUAAACACCAGCGAUAGCUACACGGCUAGUACCACUGUGACUGUUACGUGUGACAAUGGCAAUGACCAAGCUGAGUGGAUUUGUAACGCUUAUACGGGAAACUGGGACAAAGAGCCAAUCGACUGCUCCGAUCAGUCUUCAGGUAUUCUUUAG